GGUGACAUCAUCGCCCAACAUGUGGCAUGAUUCACGAAAGAGAAAUUCCAGCCUCGACACACGUUUUAGCACGAGUCUCCACCGGCACCGGCUCGCACAACGCCUCUAGUACCUUCCCGAGAUGCCGUUCUACGCUGUUGCCAGGGGACACAGCCCAGGAGUGUACACUUCAUGGCCUGAUGCCCAAGCUCAGAUUAAUGGCUAUACGGCAGCUCGGUACAAGAAGUUUGAUACCAAAGAUGAAGCUGAAGAAUUUGUCAAGGAAAAUGCUCUCAACAAGCCAGUGGUAGACCGCCGUGAGAAGGCAUCAGGCGACGCCCAAGUUGAAGGCAAAAGAAAACGAGAUGAUGACGAGGAAGAAGAAGAAGGCCAGGGAGAGAAGAAGCUGCAUGUGGACGAAGGAGAAAAGAAAACCGAGGAUGGCUUAUCUUUAGAUGACGAAGGCUACCUUGUUGUUUACUCUGUUGGAGUGUGCGAGUUCCAUGGAAAGAGUGGGCAGAAGUCUGGCUGCGGCGUCUUCUUUGCUGAGGAUCAUGAGCGGAAUGUGUCCGUGCCUUUGAAGGGGAAAGCCUCCAACAACGCAGCAGAUAUUCAGGCAGCCACUCAUGCACUCAUAACUGCUAAAGCUGCUGGUCACGACAAGGUGGCAGUCCACACCGACUCACAAGUUCAUGAUCAACUGCAUGACCUC